CGUUCCCACCUCCUGCUCCAACUCCCAAGGCCAAAGGUCUCUGGCUCUCGAAAUAUUGUUCCCAUUUCGCCCACCAACUUUUUGGGGUUCUCUUCCCGAAAUGGACCUCCUCGAAAUGCCCCUGGAGGAUAUCGUGCUCCGCUUCCACUCCCUCCCCGCCGCUGUCGCUGCCGGCUCCCUCUGCGCCGGCCUCGCCGUCCUCGCAGCUGCCCUCGGCCUCUGGCGCAUCCGGGCCGUGGGAUCCCGAUCCGACGUCUCUCUCCCUCACUCCCCCACUCCUCCCAAGCCCGAGCCGGCCCAAGCCCCGGCUCCGGCGCCGGCGCCGGUGCCGAGGUCUCCCGAGCCGACCGCACGGGCCCUGCACUGCCACGUGGAGGACGCCGGCACUCCCAAGGCCCGGUUCACGGCGUACUACGGCUCCUGCGACCGGUUCGACGUGGAGGAUGACGGUGACGAGCAAGCGGAGGUCGAUAACGGACGGAAGAAUGACGGCGCUAGUCUCGUUCGGGCUCGUUUGACGGCGCCGAUAGCGCCGUUGGAGGGAUUUGGGUGGGAGGGUUUGAUGGUUAGGAGGCGGGGGGACCUUGGGUGGUACCGUUACCAGGACCUGACGGCCCUUAACGGCAGCGUCGUCCGGUUGUGGGACGGCGACAGUGUUUGGACGGCGACGUCACGGAGGAGGUCGCCGAUGGGACUGUAGGGGUAUAACGGGAAUUUGGAGGGAAUUUGCGAAAUGUAUAUAAUUUUUAUAUAAUUAUAAUUUUGCCCUUUUAUCUUCUUCUCA